AAAACGUAAACUAAUCUUUUUUAGUUGCUUGGUUUGUCAUUUUUUGUAUAAUUUAUUAUGAUUAUUAAGUUGGUAGUGCAAUAUCGUGGGUUGAUUGAAGUUGGACAUUAAAACUUUCGGAUCCUGACUCAGUGGUUUAGGGGUUCGUGCGUGAGAUCAAAGGUCCUGGGUAUUCGAAUCACAAGUACAGGAUCGUUGAAUGAACACCGUUGAGGAGUUCCAUACUGGGACGAAAUGGCUGUCCAGUGUUUCCAGGUUUUCGAUGAUAGUCUAACAUUGAUCGUUUCAUGAUCUCAAUUAUUUAUUAAUUCUUUAAAAAUGGUAAAUUUUAGCUAUUGAAACAUUACAAAUUAAAGAAAGAUGGGAUGUGGAUUUAACUGAUACUGAUGGUGGAAUUACUAAACUUCCUUUAUUGUAUGAAGAUAUUAUUGCCGACUCAUUCAUCCUUUGUGAAGAUCAAGUAUUUCCGAGAACAUCAAUAGAAAAACCACUUUUUGACUCUGAUGAACUUCAAGAACGUUUUCCAGAGUGGUCCGGAAUAGGAAUGAUUAGUUUCAUCGCAGUAUCACAACGCUUAGCUGAUCAAAUUGAACAUACUGUGCAAAGGGCCCAUAAUCAAGAUGAAUCGUCUAAUGAAUAUCAACAAAGUUGGAUAGAUUCAGGUGUAAAUAAUCUACGAAGUUCUGGACAAAACAUUAUUUCACAGGCUAGAGGAUUACUUUUAGUUUUAAAUAAUAUUGAAUGGGUUGCGUGUCAUGCAAAUUAUCGUCUGUUAAAUUUAUACAAGUCAUUAGGUUAUGUUUCAGUUGAUCGAUUACAAGCUACUUUAGAUGAAGCAUGGGACGAAGGUCGAAAGGAUAUUUGUUCAAGAUAUGUGAAAUUACGUAGUGAAUGGUUAUGUUUACCGCUUCAAUCAUAUUUAUCAAAUCUUUUGCCGUCGGAAAGAUACACUAGUAUUAAGAAACAGGACAAUAUAUAUAUAAUAAAUGGCAUACAAAGUUCAUUACAAGAAGUUUUGGCUAAUUUAUCGCAUAUUUAUUCUGAAUUAAUUUUACUCAUUGGAUUGAAAUCCAUUCAGUCAUCAUCACCCUAUCGAACUAAUUCUUCCAAUGAGACUAAUGAUAAAAAACCAAUUUGUUCUAUUAGUAUACAAGAGAUUUUUCAUCAAAUUAUUCAAUAUCUUAUUCAAAAUAUUCAUGAUCGUUUGAUUGAACGUAAUAUAUCGGAUUGGUCACAAUUCGCUCAAUUACAAUUAACUCUGGAUUUGAAUGCAAUUAAAUUAAUUUUACCGAAUUAUUUAUUUACAAAUGAAUCAAAUAAACUAUUAAACACAAUAUGCUCUUGUUAUAAGAUUAAAAUAUCUCCAGUAUUCAAUUAUUUAGGAAGUGAAGAAUCUCAACAUUUGUCGAAAUUGCUUGAAAAAGAAAGAAGUAAAAUGCGUUUAUUAAUUAAUGGUUUAACUACACUUCAAUCACCACGUCGAGAAUCAAUGGUCACAGGAUAAUGGUGAUUUUCUCGUGUAUUCCCACCCCAAAUCACACAGAUACACAAAAGUAUACCAGCAAUUCACCUUUUCGUGGUGAUUAUCUUUUUAUGUGCUUAUUGUUGUUUACUUUCCUUUUUUAAAAAUUUAAUUUGCAUAAACUGUAAUUCUAAUCUGUGAUUGAUUUUCACGUGUAUAUGUGACUAUUGUUUCAACUAAUCAUAAACGUUCUGUUGUUUGUUUUCUAAAAAAAGAUUACGGUGUAAUCUCUUUUACGGGGAAAAAACCGUGAAUACAUUGAAUAAAUUUUGUGAACAGAGAUCAAUUUACUUCUAUGCUUAAUUUUGG